CGCCUCCGCUGCGCCACUCGGCUCGGGCUGGGAGCGGGAGAAGCCGCAGCAGCAACAGCAGAAGAAGCAGCAGCAGCAGCCGCGCGCUCUGGUAGCCACGCAGGCCCGGCUGGGGCUGGGACGCGCCGUCGGGGGUCCUUCCCGCGCCUCCCGGGGUUCGAGGCCCGGCGCGGGCGGCGGACGGAGAAGCAGCCCCGUCGUUUCGGCUGGGGAGCGGGGGGGGGGGAACCGGGCCGGACCGGGCCGGGGGGGGGGGUCCACCAUGUCGCUGCUGCCGUCGUUCGGCUUCACGCAGGAGCAAGUGGCGUGCGUGUGCGAGGUGCUGCAGCAGGGGGGCAACCUGGAGCGGCUGGGCCGGUUCCUGUGGUCGCUGCCGGCGUGCGACCACCUGCACAAGAACGAGAGCGUGCUGAAGGCCAAGGCGGUGGUGGCCUUCCACCGGGGCAACUUCCGCGAGCUCUACAAGAUCCUGGAGAGCCACCAGUUCUCGGCGCACAACCACGCCAAGCUGCAGCAGCUGUGGCUCAAGGCGCACUACGUGGAGGCCGAGAAGCUGCGCGGCCGCCCCCUCGGCGCCGUGGGCAAGUACCGCGUGCGGCGCAAGUUCCCGCUGCCGCGCACCAUCUGGGACGGCGAGGAGACCAGCUACUGCUUCAAGGAGAAGUCCCGCGGGGUGCUGCGCGAGUGGUACGCCCACAACCCCUACCCGUCCCCCCGCGAGAAGCGCGAGCUGGCCGAGGCCACCGGCCUCACCACCACGCAGGUCAGCAACUGGUUCAAGAACCGGCGCCAGCGCGACCGCGCCGCCGAGGCCAAGGAAAGGGAGAACACGGAAAACAACAACACCUCGACCAACAAGGCCAACCAACUGUCCCCCCUGGAAGGACCCAAGUCGCUGAUGUCCAGCUCGGAGGAAGAGUUUUCGCCGCCCCAAAGCCCCGACCAGAACUCGAUCCUGCUGCUCCAGGGCAACCUGAGCCACGCCAGGAACUCCACCUAUGCCUUGACCGGCUUAAGCGCCUCGCAGCCGCCCCACGGCCUGCCCGCCCACCAGCACCAGCUGCAGGAUUCGCUCCUGGGACCCUUGACGUCCAGUUUGGUGGACCUGGGCUCAUAAUCGCGGAGGCCCGGGCGGGCGCCCCCCUCCCCCAACGCGGCACUUGUACACAAGGGGACCUCAGCCUCUCACCUGGCUUCCUCCCACCUGGUGGUUCUUAAAGUGACUCUUCAGAUCUUUCUCUUUUUUGGCCGGGAAUCCAACCCCCUCCCAUUUUCCCCACUCUUUUUUUCCAUCGCCCCCUCCCCAAAUUGGUUAUAUCUUAGCCAAACAAAGGUUACCCCCACCCAGGUGAAUGGAUACACACCUGUACUCCACAGGCACAGUAUCCUUUCCAAAUAAUUUAAGCUUUAGUAGGGAUGGCAAAUGGUUUCGUUUCGCUUUUAUUUUUAAAGGGAGGGGACCCCAUCCAGGCAAAGAGAAGCACUGAUACCACUCCCAAGGAGAAAGUUAAGCUUCAGGCUAGCAUCCUAGGCACCCUUACACGGGAGUAAGCCACCUUGGGCACAGCAGUGGUUUAGAAUCCUGUUAGACCAGGGACUUUCAAAGUGCUGAAUUUCUGGACGGAUCUUGUCCCUCCCCCCCCCCCCCAAGGAGGCGAAGAUGAUUUUACAGUAGCCACCGCAAUGCUGUUACUCGGAAGUAAAACUCGUCGGCUUCCAAGGGGCUUGCACCCUAGUAAGUCUGUCUUUGGAGUAGUAUUGCUUAAGGGGCGGAGGAUAAUUUUAUCCUGGCUUGAAGUUUGAGGAGAUCAAAAAGGGAGAGGGGGCUGUCCCCAAAUAUUUUAUUAUUUUGAAAGGGAGGCUUGGAGAGGGUGAAUUAAGUUUACAGAUUUUUUUUUUGGGGGGGGGUGUCAGAUUUAGCGUUCUGAAAUAUUUUUUUUUUUGGAAGUAGCUUUACACGGAUGGAAACAAAACGACGGCAGCAUUAGAAGCUAGCAUUCUAUCUAUGUCUUAAGAGGCAGACGUGUGAGCCCUGUCCUCCUUUAGAGUAAAGUGUAACUCUCCCCCAGUCCCCUUCUUGGUUGUUUUUAUGUUUGGGGUGAAAUUCGGAAAUACAACCACGUGACUUUGGGGAGGGGGGGGUUAGAAAAAAAAUCAUCAGCAACGACCCAAGAGCGAUUUCUCCCUGGAAGUCUGUCCAGAACGCCUUGAUCUUUUUAUAGGGUUCCCCCCCCACCCCCACCCCCUUGGUGCUUUCUGUUUUCCUAUAGUUUGGCUUGCAAAUAGGAUCAGGGAGAAAACAGCCCAACACCCCAACUUGGCGAUUUUGCUUUUGGUUUCCAGCGGCAGCUUGCGUUUCCCUGCCUCUCUGCCGGGUUUCUAGUACCCAGAAGGAAUCUAAAUUAAAUCCUUGAUCAACUGAAUGGAAAAUAAUAAUAAUAAUAAUAAUAAUAUUAAUAAUGA